AUUCGUACACGCCGCAUACAUUAUACAUUUCGUAUUUCGUAGCCCCAGCGCUAUCUGAAAGUUAUCACCCGAUGGAUGUUUAAAAGAUACCCGAGCACCGAGAGGUCAACGCUGUUGGUUACACAGAAUAACAAGGCAAUUAAACCACUUACAGAUGUUAUAGUUAAUUGAACGAAGAAUCAAUCCGUGCAUUAAGUACGUUUGGAACUAAAGCCGGGGUCUAGUGUAAGCGCAAGUUGAUAUACGGACAUUACUAAAUCAAAUAAUAAUGUUAAGAACACAUAAAAUUUGCGGUAUUGUUAGGAGCCAGACGUGCGUUAAUGUUAAGAAUUUGAAUAAAAAGUAUUUGAGCAGCGAUGCGGACCUACCAAAACAAGCCGAUGUAGUAGUUCUGGGUGGCGGUGUGGUAGGAUGCAGCGCCCUCUACCAUCUAACAAAACGAGGGAUAAACGCAAUUUUACUUGAAAGACACAGCCUCACAAGUGGCACGACAUGGCACAGUGGAUCUCUGGUUUGGAGUUUGCGCGCCACUGACGUAGACGAUCUCAUGUUAAAGAAAACUAGAGAACUACUUGAGACAUUAGAAGAAGAAACCGGAAUAAGUCCCGGUUGGAUCAAUAAUGGCGGGAUUUUUAUCGCUAGGACGAAGGAAAGACUUGAAGAAUAUAAACGCCUUCACACGUUGGGCCAUUACCUCAAUUUAGAAAGCCACAUCAUAUCCCCAGCAGAGGCUCACAAGCUGUCACCGAUUCUGGAUCCCAAAUCAUUCUAUGGAGCUCUAUGGUCACCAGCUGAUGGUUACUGUGAUCCUACUAUGUACUGCAAUGCUUUGAUUAAAGGCGCCAAAUCCAGGGGAGCACAGGUUUUCGAAGACACACCCGUUACCAAAAUCCUGACAGAUCCUACGCCAAAUAACGAGAAGAAAAUCAUUGGUAUCGAAACUCCGAAAGGAACCAUCAAAACCAACGUAAUAGUGAACGCUGGGGGUGUAUGGGCUAGAGAAAUAACCCAAAUGGUCGGUCUAGAUCUUCCCGCAACGCCAAUGAAACACGCUUUCGUAGUAACAGGCAGCGUCCCAGAGUCCAAAGGAACUCCCUGUAUUAGAGACCACGAUGGGGGUUUGUACUUUAGGCCGCAAGGAGAUUCUAUCGUUUUUGGAGGAUAUGAACCGAAUCCUAUUUUACUUAAAGAUUUACCAGACGAAAAGUUCCAUCUAUACGAAUUGGACAUGAGCGUCUUCGAUCAGCACUGGAAACACGCUGUUGAGCUCUGCCCGAGUUUCGAGAAAGCUGGUAUCAAGUCAGAUGUUUGUGGAGCUGAAGCUUUCACCCCAGAUCACAAACCUAUAAUGGGUGAAGAUCCUAAAUGUGUAGGUCUCUUCCACUGCAACUCAUUCAACUCGCUUGGAGUCCAACUCAGCGGUGGUGCAGGUGAAACAAUAGCCAGCUGGAUAGCCCUUGGUCGACCGGAAAUUCCAGUGUACUCUUACGAUAUUAGAAGAUACACGCCGGUCCAGAGGCAAGAUAGAGCUUGGGUGUUGGAAAGAACUCACGAAGGUUAUGCUAACACCUAUAGAAUUAUUUAUCCCCACGAUCAGCCGUUGGCAGGGAGGAACCAUAGGAUUGACCAAUUCCAUGAGGCUCUUGUAGCCAGCGGUGCAGUAAUGGAAGAAGCUUUAGGUUGGGAACGACCAGCAUACUUUGUAAACGACCGUACCGCUCCAGUCAGGAGUUACGAUUGGCAUGGGUACUAUGGUCAUGUGGUCAGUGAAGAUAAACGUUAUGAAAACGAAUUAGAGGGAGAUCUUACUUUCGAUUUUUCCAAACAUCAUGAUUUGAUAAAAGAAGAAGCGCUAGCCGCCAGAAACAACGUAGCUCUAUUCAAUUUAACCAGCUAUGCAAAGAUGUAUCUGGCAGGACCUGAUGCGGUUGAAGCAGCUGAUUGGUUAUUUACUGCAAAUGUUGAUAAGGAACCCGGUAGUAUUAUUUAUACGUGUUCGUUGAACUCUAGAGGUCAUGUUGAAGCUGAUGUCACGGUUAUACCGUUAGAAGAGGGUCAAGGGACGUUAGUGGGGCCUAUAUUUAAAGGAAAAGGUUACUACAUCGUAGCUGGAGCAAAAUCUGGUUACCAAACUAAGGCUCAUUUUAGAAAACAACUUUAUAGGAAGAACUUCAAAUCGUUGGUAACAGAAAUGACCAACAGGAUAGGAAUUCUUGCCAUUCAAGGACCAAAAAGUGGUGAAUUGCUGCAAUCGAUUACAGAAUUCCCUAUUACCGACCAGAAACUUCCAUAUGGAAUGUCUAAACUUCUUAAAAUCGCUGGCCACACUUGCAGGGUACUAAGAAUCAGUUACAUAGGUGAAUUGGGAUAUGAGAUUCACAUUCCUCUAGCUUCAUGUGUACCUGUUUACAAUAGGUUGAUGGAAGCUGGAAGAGGUUUUGAUCUUAAACAUGCCGGAUUUAGGGCUUUGGAGGCUCUUAGUUGUGAAAAAGGAUACCAUUUGCUGAACAGCGAUCUGAGAAUAGACGACAAUCCCAUCGAAGCUGGUUUAGGGAGGUUCUGCAGGAAGGAUGGUCAGUACUUAGGAAAACAAGCUGUGGAAAAAUUCAAACAGGACGGUGUUACAAAGAAGAGAGUGUUUUUCACUUUACAAGAACCCGUGGCUCUCUAUGGUUAUGAAACGAUUUGGCGGGAUGAUAGGAUUGUAGGAUUUUUAAGACGUGGGGAUUAUGGUUUUAGUUUGGAUUGUAGCAUUGGAGUAGGAUAUGUGGAACAUCCUCAGGACAAAGUAAUCGAUGAUGAAUUCCUUAAACGUGGCAGCUACCAGAUCGAAGUGAGGAAUAAGAAAUACCCGGCUACGCUAUACCUGAGAAGUCCUUUCGAUCCCAGCAAUUUAAGAUUGAAAGGACAGUACGACAAUCAAUUUGAGGAGCAGACGCAUUUUGAAGACUGAUUUAAUGUAUAUAGAACAAUGUUGUUAUUUUGCUAAUUUUAAUCGUUAUUAAAUAAAUUAAUUGUUUUUUUUUUCUAUUGUAUUUGUUAGUUGUGUACAUUUCUAGAAAUUGUUGUUAGAAUGGAUGGGUGAGUAUAUUAUCAAUUUGACAAUAAAAUGCUCAA